AUGGCUGCUGCCCCUUUGUUUUGGCAACACCCUCUUGAAGAAGUGAUUACUAAAACGACAGAUGUUAACAUUGUUGACAACAAUCAAAAACAUCAAUCGAAGCUCUCUGAUGCCCAAGUAAAGCUUGAUAUUACCAAGGCCGUUGUGCCAGCGCCAACUACUACCCCUUCCACAAAGUCUAAAUUCUCCUCUAUUUUGGCUUCCCUGAAG